AUGGCGCAAAAUCAUAUCUCUGCAACAACCAAUGGUGAAAAUGUUGAGAAGAAGAAAAAGAUGAUUUUGAAUGCGUUUGUCAUGAACUCACCCGGCCAUCUGGCUACGGGGUUUUGGAAACACCCUAGAAAUAAAACAACCGAGUAUACUAAACUCAAGUUUUGGACGGAUCUGGCGCAAAUGCUCGACAAAGCCGGGUUCCACGCUCUCUUCGUUGCCGAUGUCCUCGGCGCAUACGACAUAUACAAAGGUCCUGGAAACCAUGGACCGGUGACCUCUGCUGGCGCUCAAUUUCCCAUCAACGACCCCCUUUACACGGUUCCGGCAAUGGCAGCUGUUACCAAGAAUCUCACUUUUGGCAUUACCGCUUCGACGACGUACGAGGCACCCUACGCGCUCGCAAGGCGAUUUUCCACUGUGGACCAUCUUUCCGAAGGUCGUGUGGCGUGGAACAUUGUUACUUCAUAUCUCGAAAGCGCUGCGAGAAACUUUGGAUUGUCGACCCAAAUUGAGCAUGAUGAGCGAUACCGCAUUGCCGACGAGUACAUGGACGUGGUCUACAAGCUUUGGGAAGGCUCCUGGAGAGACGAUGCGGUUGUGAAGGAUCUCAAGACCGGGCAAUAUGCUGUUCCGGAGCGCGUCCGUCAAAUCCACCACGAGGGAAAGUACUUCAAGGUCCCCGGUCCCCAUCUUUGCGAACCUUCUCCUCAGCGCACACCGUUCCUCUUCCAGGCCGGCACAUCUCCAUCUGGUAGAGACUUUGGUGCAAAGCACGCCGAGGCCAUCUUCGUCUCCGGACAGGACCCCGCGAAGGUCAGAAAGUCGGUCGAUGCUAUUCGACAACUUGCAAAGGACAAAUAUGGCCGGGACCCUUCUCAUGUAAAGGUGAUCCUUGGUAUGAUCAUCAUCGUCGCCGAGACGGACGCGGCCGCCGAGGCGAAAAUGGAGGAAAUGCGGCCGUACGGCGAUAGAGACGGCGCUCUGGCAAUGUUUGGCGGCUGGACCGGGAUUGAUCUCUCCCAGUACCCCGAUGACGCCGAUUUCAGAUUCAGUGGCCCGUCGCAAAUCCAAGGCUUCGUCAACAACUGGGCGGCUGAAGUCCCCGGUAGCAACAACCUGAAGUGGACCAAAUCAACAAUCGCCGAUUAUCUCAUGAUGGGAGGGCUCGGAGCAAAGGCUUGCGGAAGUCCCAAAACGGUGGUUGAUGAGUUGGAGAGGUGGAUGGAGCUGGCUGACAUUGAUGGCUUCAAUCUGGGUCACAUCAUCAAUCCUGGCUCUUUCGAAGACAUUAUCGAAUUCGUCCUACCAGAGCUCCAGAGCCGUGGGCUUUUCCGAACUGGUGUCGAAAAGGCCGGAGCGACAACCCGGGAGGUGUUUUUCGGAGAGGGUGGUGGUUUCUUGCUUGGAGACCAUCCAGGCCGAAAGUUCCGUUGGAAUCCGUGCGAAUAA